GGGGCGGGGCCCCGAUGGACCCGGCUUAGAGCGGAAGCACAAACCUUAAGCCAGCAACGUGGAUCAGCCAUGGGUGCUCCCGGGGGGAAGAUCAACCGGCCCCGAACGGAGCUGAAGAAGAAACUGUUCAAGCGACGGCGGGUGUUGAACCGGGAGCGGCGACUGAAGUACCGGGUGGUCGGGGCUGUGAUAGACGAAGGGCUGAUCACGCGGCACCACCUCAAGAAGCGGGCGUCCAGUGCACGUGCCAACAUUACUCUGUCUGGGAAGAAGCGCAGAAAGCUCCUCCAACAGAUCCGGCUUGCCCAGAAAGAGAAAGCAGCCAUGGAAGUGGAAGCCCCUGCAAAGCCAUCCAGGACUAGUGAACCACAGCGCAAAUCACAAAAGAAGACAAAAGCCCCCCAGGAUGUAGACAUGGAAGACCUUGAAGAUGGGAGCUAAAUCUCUCACCCCUUUCACCAGAAGAUUCUCAGCUGGAGCCAGGAAGACUCUGGUUGUUUCAGAAGACUUUGGAGAAGACAUUGCACCUUUUUAUUCUCUCUAGAUUCCUCUUCCGUAAUGGCCUAGUUACCUGCCAUGGAAGGAAUGUGUUGAGAAGAAGAAUGGAGAAGAAAUAUCAGAGAGGAGGCUCCUUAGCAGUCGACCCUAUAUGUAAUAAAGCCUAGAGUUUUCACUGAGAUGUGUGUAAUUAAAUGUAGGGAUGGGAUGGGCCAUGAAAAGCGGUCUGCGAAUGUGGGAACAAGACAGUUAGGAAGCAGGACCCACAGACCUUACUUGAGCAAAGACAACAAGAAGCCAGCCUCUGUGACGGCCCUUGAGUGACACUCCAACUUUCCAUUUCCGACCAAAAUAUAGAUGAUUGUAGAGAUGCAGAGGAGGUAAGAGUCCUGAUACCAGUUUCUGCCACUGCCUCUGUGUGACAGUGGCGGGCAAGUCACUUUAUGUCAUGUUCAUUUGUGCUUCCUUUGCUGGCUCAUUUUUAAUAAAGUGAAGACCAAACAUUA